UCAUUUACAAGUUCCUCUGUUUUUCGUUUAAAACCAAAAUCCCCUGUUUUUUAACCAAUGGAAAUUACAAUCAUAUCAGCACAGGGCCUAAAGAAGACGUCCAGGACUCUACUCCCAUUCUCCACCCACCGCCGCCUCCGGCCAUUCGUUGCCAUCUCCACUUGUCCCCAGACGGCGGGGGAAGAUUCUUCGACUAGCAAGAGCUACAUAACGAGGGUUGACGACAGGGGAGGAGUGAAUCCCACAUGGGGGGACAAAUUUUACAUCCCUGUUGACGCCUCAUUUUUGGGGAAUCGAUACUCCUGCAUUUACCUUGAACUCUACACUAAACGGCUCUUCUCCGGCAGAGCUCAACUGGGUUGGUGUCAGAUUCCGGUCUCCGAUUUCUGUUUGUCGCCGCCGCCGGGUGGUCAGGUCCGUUACCGGAGUUACAGGGUGAGGGAUCAUAGAGACGGGACUAGAGAGCAGGGGAUUUUGAACAUUGCUGUUAAGUUAACCGGAGGGGAAUUAAUGACCCAGCGACCGCUGCCGGCACCACACCGGGAAUCGGUGGAAUCCGGUGAGAAAGGUGCGGCGAGUUGUCAAGGAACGGUGAUUGGGAUUCCGGUGGAAAUGUUUACGAAUAUGAGAGUUUGUCAAUGAUUAAGUGUUGGGUAAUUUCGUUUUGGUUGACUUUUGGGAGCCGAAAAAAUUCCGGCGGUGGAACUGUCAAAUCGAACAAAAGUGUAUCUAUCUUACUACGAGUUGUUCUUCACUGGGAGCAGAGCACUACCUUUUAUUAAAACUAGUAAUCAGCCCGCGCUCCGCGGCCGAAUAAGUUUGAUUUUAGUAAUUUUGUGGAUGCUGAAAUAUUUUUUUCGGUAUAUAAUCUGAAAGUAGUUGAGAUAGUUACUUGACUGAGCAAUGUAAUUAGAACAUUGUUGGAUAGAGCCUGUGGUAAAGAAGCAAACUAACUAACAACAAAUUCAGAUUUUUUGC